AUGGACCGUCAAGAUUCUGGUUACUUCGACUCUCGACAAUCUCCAUCCUCGUCUCGUCGAACAUCAAUAGCAUCAUCUACCCGCCGUCCCCAUUCACCCUCCAAAUCCAAAAGUCGGAGGACUACAAACGGAUCGACACACUCAGCCUCUAGACCAUCCACGAAACGGAACUCGAGAUCAUCAGCUCAGAUCAGAACAAGUACAUCAGGAGCGAGACCGAAUAUCCAACAAAGACAUACAACCCCAUAUGCUCAAGUCCCCCACACCCAAUACCAAUUCUUCCAAUUCCCUACGCUCUCGGACCCUGUUCCUGACCCAGACAUUGUAACCGCUCCUCAGCCGCCCCCAGCGACGGUGCAAUACUGGACUUCGGACUCAACUCGACGUCUCGAGUACGCGGCUAUUGAUGCGGCAUCCAAGGGCGUGAGAGGGUUCUUCAUCAAAUUGGUACCGGACUGUAUCCUCCCCGCGAAUUCAAGAAGGACGAGAUUCCACUGCGAUGAUGCGGCGAGUGAUGCGGGGAGUGUAAGGAGGUACAGAUUAACGUUACCAGCAGAG